AUGGGAAAGAAACAAAAAAAUUUUCUGUGUUGUUUCCAGUGUAACAUUCGUGUUUUUAUUUCAGCUGUUCAAGUUGAGAGAUGUCGGCCAACGCUGAAAGAUAAUCAGUUGGCAUUAAUUGGUUCAUUCAAAUCAAAAUUGGCUGAGAAUUGCGACUUUGGCUUUAAUAUGGAGUUUCCUGAAGACAAGAAACUGACAAUGGAAUAUGUUUACGAGCUUGCUACGCGACUUCUCUUUCAUUCAAUAGACUGGGUUAGAUUCACACAUUCCUUCAAAACAUUGAAUCAAAGUGACCAAGUCGUUCUUCUGAGAAACUGUUGGACAGAUAUAUUCCUGCUAAGCUUUGUUCAAUGUGCUAAAAUCUGUCCCUUGGAGGCUACAUUGAGUUUGAUGAAACAGAAUAUAGAGAAGGUUGGCAGUGAAUUGGACAAAACGGACGUGGUUCAGGUUGAGCACAUAAAUAAAGUCAAAGACUUGCUUCUUACCUUAGAGAGACUCGAAUUAACUGCAACAGAAUUUGCCUUGUUAAAGUUUAUUUGCCUUUUUAAUCCUGGUAUGCAAUUUUUUUACUGAUAUAUGUUGUAGUUUUCGUAGUAUUAAAGUAACUCUAAUUCACAGCAUUUACAUGCAUAGUAACGUUCUGCAACCACAGCAAAAUUAACAAAAAAUAAACGUACAUUUUAAAUAUUUCACUGAAUCGCAAAUUGACGUGCAUGUUGGCAGUGUUAGUUGUAGCCAGUGUUAGUUGUAGCCAGUGUUAGUUUUAGCCAGUUGUAGCCUGUAUAUAUACACAAGUUAUAACAAUGAUGAUGUCACGUUAGUAACAGGUGAUAUCACUGAUACGUCACCAACAACUUUUUAAUAAGACGCUAUUGGAAUAGUAUAUAUAGUAUAGCAAGCAUUUUGACUCUGUUUGACUAUAACUUGUAGUAUACGUUAUAGUCAAACAGUGUUACAAUGCAGCAGCACCUAUAGGUCUGUUCUAAUUAUAUGAUUAUUUCCAGAUGCUUCGGGACUAACUGGUGUACAAGAAGUGGAGCAGAUGCAAGAAAUGGCUCAAAGUGAACUUCAAGAAUUUGUCAGGGAAAGCCACUCAUCAAACCAAAGUCGUUUUGCCAGAAUCUUGCUGCGACUGCCUGCAAUAAAAACAAUCAGUUCGAUGAAAGUUGAAGAAAUAUUCUUUUCUCCUCUUAUAGGAGAGGUAAGAAUCGAUCACAUCUUACCAGCGAUACUAAACAAUAAUGGAAGUAAUCAACAAUAGCGCUUUAUAGAAAAAUAGCCUGCGUAGCAGCUCUCAGGGAAAGGAGAUCUACUUUUUUUGCCAAUCCCGCCCACUUGGCCUGCGCGCUACACCCACUUUCAACAGAUGUCAAAAUUGGCCAAUCACACAGAUUGUUUACGCUUUCAAAUUUACUUGUCAAAAUUAAAUAAUAUAGAUUGCAAGACGUUUGCAAAUUUCAAAACGAAAUAACAUACGGAUGUAGGCUAAAGAAUAUUGAAGUCUGUGGGAAUAGCGCAAAAGCAGUUUCCAUCGUCGUCACAAGUAGCUUGCAGUCCGUGUGCGAGAAAGAUACAAAACCUCGUCGAUACGUACAAAUUAGUUUCGUCAGCGGUCAACCGUGAUGUAAAUGUCAAAGUUUCGAGCGAUGAAGGCAAGAGAAAGGUGUCUGAAGCCGUCACUCCAGAGAGAGCAAGUCCUGUUCGUAAGCAUUCACAGCAAUUCUCUCCUGGCACAAAAUUAUUAGCUACGAAUCAUCAUGAAAAAAUCUAUUUGUCGUCGGUGAAAACGAACACGCUCGUGAAAGAGACGCGGCUAACAGACAGCAAUCCAACGAAAACACCACAGUCACUAUCUCUAGAGUCUCUUCGUAAACACCUUUUUUGUUCAUCCUUAAAUGUGAAUCGUGGCCUUUAAGGUCUUUAGAAUGCAAAACUCAAGAGACACCUCUCAAAAUCUCAAAUGCAUCCCCCUUGUUUGUUCACAAUCACGCUAUCAAUCAAUGAUUAUUUUAGCAUAAAUUAGCAUAUUUUUCAUUUUGAACCAAUCAGAUUUCUCGUUCUCUUGGAGAACGAGUAAAAACGGCAAAGCAUGGGGUUUCGUGCAGGCUCUCCUUUCCCUGAGAGCCGCUACGUAAGCUAAAUGUAUAUAUUAAGAAUGCAUGUAUACAAGUUAAUUGGUCAUCAUUCUCUAAUUCGAUUUAAUAUAUUAUCUAAUAUAAUGAUUUGUCUUUGAUUUGGCACCGAAAUAAAACAUGAAAUGCGAUGUCAGUUGUAUAAUAAUUGUUGCUUAUUUCUAUAACCAUAUAUUAAAGAAUACCAUGCUAUAGCCUAAAGAUAAUGUAAAUUUAUAAUAUUAAUGGAACACAUUUUUCAUUAGUAGAGACAGGAACAUGCCAUGCAUAUACAAUUAUGGUUCCAAUGAUUCGUCAAUUUUGCAUUGCGCACUUUUACUGCUCAUAUCAAAUAACAAAUUCUAUCUAAUAUAUGUAGUCGAACUGCAAUGUAAAGUGAUAAAGAAAGAAUAAAGGCAAAG